AUGUCAAAGUCAAUGAUUGAUAAACAUGAUGAAAUAGAUUUAGAGGUAUCACACGCCGAUCAAAAGAUGAUCAAUACAUUUGGACGUCUUAAUAAUAGAAAGCACGAGUUAUUGAGACAAAAGAAAUUCAAACAAGAGGAUUUGGAAAAGGCUACAGAUGCACAAGACGAUGUAUUCCUUGCAGACGAUGAAACUAAAUUCAAAUAUAUGAUGGGUGAAGCAUACAUUGAAACAGAAAAGAGUGAAACAGAGGAAUUGAUUGAAAAAUAUAUGGCUCAACUUGAAGAAGACAUUAAAAAGAUUGACGAGGAAAUAGAAGAUAUCGCAGAGGUUCACAAAGAACUCAAAGUACAUUUAUACGCAAAGUUUAAAACUUCAAUCAAUUUGGAAGAAUAA